AUGGUUGUGGCAGUAGUUAGCGAGGCUUUUGUCCAGACAGAUGACGCUCAGUUUGAGGAUGCAGGAUGUAGUUUCUUCUCCCUCUCUUUUUCUCUAGACUCCACCCUCCGCUUCAGCCCCUCCCCAUUUCCCAGCAGCCCGUUUGGCUCCGCCCCAGCGUCGCCGCAGCCCGACACAUUUCCUAGCAACAGCCUAGCGAAUCAGCUGCAGCCGCCUCCGUUACCGCAGAAGAAGCUGGUGAACCGCACCAUCUCGGCUCCGAGCGAGUCGGGUGUCAAACCCCUGACCCGCUCCCGCCCGCGCCUGCCCUUCAGUGGCUCCGAGACCAACGUCAGCCGCCCCAGCGCCGCCCCGCUCAGCCCGGUGGAGCCGCGGCCGCUGUACUCGUCCAGCGAGUCUCUGGAGCGCCGCGCGCCUCGUCUGGGGAACGUGACGUCCUGCUCGUCGCCGCAGCUCAACACACCGGCCGCUGGAUCCACGCUGCAGCUGCACGCGCUGCUCAGGAACAUGGACAGCCGCGAGGGCAUCUACUCGAAGCUGGGCGGCCUGUACGCAGAGUCGCUGCGGCGUCUGGCGCUCAAGUGUGAGGAGCAUUUCACCAGCGGCCAGAGGAACACGCUGAGAUUCGACGAGAGCAACUGGUCACUCUUCAAGCUGACCUGUAACAAACCCUGCUGCGUGUCCGGAGACGCUGUGUAUUACUCAGCCUCCUGCGCGUCAGACACACGCAACACAUACGCCGUCAAGAUCUGUAAAGGCCAGGCACCGGACAGUAAGCAGGUUCAUCUGUACGGUCUGUCGGUGCAGCAGAGUGUCCCGCCUCACUUCAACCUGCAGCAGGACUGCGGUCACUUCAUCGCGUGCGUGCCGCGGAGCAUGCUACCCAGCGAGGAGAGCGGUCCGGCCGAGCAGGAGCGCGUGGUGGUCAUCACACGGGACGUCCCGCACCAGAGCGUGGCGGAUUUCGUCCGCGAGUGGGAGUCGUUCCACCGCGCGCAGCCAGAGGUUUACGAGCGCCGCGUGUGUUUCCUGCUGCUGCAGCUGUGCGCGGGACUGGAGCACCUCAAAGCGCACGGGGUCACGCACCGCGACCUCUGCAUGGAGAACCUGCUGCUGGUGCAUCACCGGCGCUCCGACCCGCAGCAGCACAGCCUCCCGCGCCUCCUCAUCAGCAGCUUCGGCAAAGCGAAACGCCGCGACGCGGACGAGGAUGCAGUUUGCACCGACCCGCGUCUGAAGCGGGAUCACGCCCGCCUCGCGCCCGAAAUCGUCUCAGCCGCGCAGUACCGCAAAUUCGACGAGUUCCAAACUGGCAUCCUGAUCUAUGAGCUCCUGCACCGCCGCAACCCGUUCGAGGCCACGCCCGCCAAAUGCGACUACAGAUGCGACGAGCUGCCGCCAAUCCCCAGCGCGUCCAUCUACUCGUCCGGCCUGCAGAGACUCGCGCACCUGCUGCUGGAGCCCGACCCCGGACGCCGCAUCCACAUCCAGGACGCCCGGUGCAUCCUGCAGGCGCUGCUGUGGGGCCCGCGGCGGGAUCUGCUGGAGUGCGGCGGCGCGCGGAGGCUGGAGCCGAGGCACGACGGCCUGCUGAACUGGCUGGACGUGAAGCGUGCGCUGCUGAUGAUGAAGUUCGCCGAGCGCUCGCUGGAGCCGGAGAGGAACGCCGAGCUGGAGGACUGGCUCUGCUGUCAGUAUUUCUCCAGCGCAAACCCCAAAUCACUGUGUCAGACCGCAGAGCUGCUCUACAACCUGCGCUUCACGCACUGAAUGACGGACGUUAAUGCGCCUCGUGAGAUCAGACGUGUAUAAACACUGUGUGUCCUUCACUGGAAUCAAACACCAGCAGCCGGACGCUCGUGUUUUAACAUUCCACCGUUUUAUUUCA